GAAUUUUAAAGGUUAUCUCCAAGUUUCAGACCUUGUUCAAAUUCAAAUAAUUUCUUGUUUUGAUUAUUGUAGGUAGUGUUGAGUGGUUCAUCUUUAUAUACUUUGCAAGUUUUCAUUUGAUAAUGGAAGUGGAUCACGUACAGAAUUUUCCUUCUAGAAAUGCUCCCAAUAUCAUGAUCACCGGUACACCAGGUGUUGGGAAAUCAAGAAUAUGUAAUCAAAUAUCAGAGAUGUUAGGCCUUCAGUGGAUCGAAAUAUCUAAAGUAGCCAAAGCAUAUAAUUGUGUUGAAGAAUUUGAUGCGGUAUAUAACUGCCCAGUGUUGGAUGAAGAUAAAUUAAUGGACGCAUUAGAAGAAACCAUGAGUGCUGGAGGUAAUAUAGUUGAUUACCAUAGCUGUGAAUUUUUCCCAGAAAGGUGGUUCGAUGUGGUGUUUGUAUUAAGGACAGAUAAUACUUUAUUGUAUGAUAGAUUAGUAAAUAGAGGAUACACAGGAAAGAAACUAGAAGAUAAUAUAGAUUGUGAAAUAUUUCAAAUGAUUUUGGAAGAAGCCAAAGAAUCAUACAAGCCAGAAAUAGUGCACGAAUUAAUAAAUAAUACUCCUGAACAAUUGGAAGUUAAUGUACAGAAUAUUUGCCUAUGGAUAAAAGAGUGGUUUGAGAAUCAUCAACAAUAAAGAAUAAAUAACCAGUAUCGUGUAUUUCAAUUAUGAAGUAAUACUUCAAACUUUUCUUCACCUAAACUAUAAAGAAGAAUUGGAAAAUUAUUUCUUCUACUAAAUGGGACGUCGUUAGAAAAAUUUAAACUCUGGUCUCUCUGUUCAUAAAAAUUAUGAAUAGUAGAUUACAAUUCUUUCUAAAUCAUUUCUUCAUUGCUGUAGCAAAGACAGAUAUUGCUUCAAUGAAAGCUAAAUCAGACGUUUAGAAAAUUAAUAUGAAUAAAUAAGAUCUAUACUUAGCAAUUAUGAGAGGAUAUUUCUAAUAUUUCGUAAAUCUAUUGGUGGCUUAAUAGAAGUGCUAAAAAUUAUAAAUGUAGAAUUAUAUUUAUGUUGAUAUUUCAAUGAAGAUAAUUAUUGUUAAUGUACUGUAUUCAGUUGAAAAUUAUAUGUUUAAAAAAAUA